GCAUGUGACCCACGUCUUUGGGGGCGUUUCUCAAUUUGCACACUCGACCGCACUUGCAUUCUCGUACUCGUUUUUCGUCGCCGAAGACCAGUUCCGAUACUCAAGAACAGAAGUACAGAGGACAGUAAAAAUCCUAGGAUGUCGUCCUUGCCCCGCCCCAAAUGUCUAGGAUACAUCGGUUGCAUCCUUGCCAAACGGGACCAAUCCCAUGAUUCAUUGCAUUCGAAUUUGUCCUUGGGAGGCAACUUAGGGAGACCGGUCUCGCCAAGACCAUAAGUACAAUCUUUGUGUUCCUGGUAUUGAGAAACACCACAGGUUCCUGAAAUUACGGGACAUUUCCUGCUGGCCAGUAACCUGUUAAUAGAUGACUAGAGCAGGCUGUAUUGUCCUGUGAUAUGUUGGUGUUGUGCCCCCCCCCCCAGCCCAGCAUCAGUGGGAUGGAUCCUCCUUUUGGGGAUGCCUUUCAAAACUGCGCUUUCGCUGACCAAGUGCUGACCAGCACGGACCUGCUGGCGAACAGCUCCGACCCGGACUUCAUGUACGAGCUGGACAGAGAUAUGACUUCCAGACAAAGCCCGAGAGCAGAUAUCUUUACCAUCGGGGAUUGCAAAGAGAUUGAGGGUAUGGAACACUUGCCCGAGGCCUUGGACAGUGACCCCAUGUACAGCUCGAACUUCGAGCAGUGGGACACCUACUGGGAGGACCUGACUAAGUACACCAAGCUCACUAGCUGUGACAUCUGGGGCACAAAGGAGGUGGACUUUCUGGGCCUGGACGACUUCUCCAGCCCCUACCAGGACGAGGAGGUGAUCAGCAAAACGCCGACGCUGGCGCAGCUCAACAGCGAGGACUCGCAACCGGUGUGCGACACGCUGUACCACCCGGACCUACUACUGGGCCAGAAGCCGCACGCGCUUCACGCUUCGGCCAGCUUCAAAAAGACGGCCCCCAGACCGGCCGUCCCCGGCUCAUCCUUGGCCCGGGGUCUACCAGACUUCGCCGAGGGUUGCCAGAAGGCCACUCGGCCUGUGCCGUCCACCACCGAAACCAUGUGCAAGGGCCAGAUGCAGGGACCCAAGGUACUCUGCCCAACCUCAGACAGCAAGGACUAUGUGUGCAAAGCCAAAGUGCACAUCAACUCUCCACGCCGGCCUACGGUAGACGUCAAGUUACCACAGGCUAAUAUCACCAUAAAGUCCCACUUCACUGAGGCCCCGGCCGCCUGCAUCACUGGCUCCCUAUCCGGCGCCGCCGCCGUCGCCAUUGCCACCCCUCCGACUGAAGAGAAGGACACACCGGAACCCCAGCUGGGGGUGCCGCCCGUUCCAGAAAAGGGCAUCGGCCAAGUGGUGUCCUACAAACUGUUCCCCGUGACUGGGGACAGUCAGACCCUGGGGGCUGAUGCCUUACAGGAGAAAAAGGAAGAGGAGCACAACUACUCGCUGUUCCUCAUGCAAGGAAAGCACGCGGGCGAAGAGGAGCCCGAGGCGGAGGACGAAGACGACGAGGAGGAAGAGGAGGAGGAGGAGGAGGCGGAGGACCUGGAACUGGAUGACGAAGAUCACGACGAGGGCUUCGGCAGCGAGCAUGAGCUCUCCGAAAAUGAGGAAGAGGAGGAAGAGGACGAUGAGGACUAUGAGGGUGACAAGGAUGACGACAUGAGCGACACGUUCUCGGAGCCCGGAUGCGACGACGCCACGGUGGAGGACAUGAAGGGCGUGGCGGUGGGGAUCUCGCGCAAGAGGGGCAAGCGGCGCUACUUCUGGGAGUACAGCGAGCAGCUGACCCCCUCGAAACAGGAGCGCAUGCUGAAGCCCUCCGAAUGGGACAGGGACACGUUGCCAAGCAACAUGUACCAAAAGAACGGUCUUCACCACGGCAAAUACACAGUGAAGAAGUCCCGCCGGACGGACGUGGAGGACCUCACUCCCAAUCCGCGGAAGCUGCUGCAGAUCGGAAACGAGCUGCGGAAGCUGAACAAGGUCAUCGGCGACCUGACCCCCGUGAGCGAGCUGCCGCUGACGGCCCGGCCGCGUUCCCGCAAGGAGAAGAACAAGCUGGCGUCCAGAGCUUGCCGGCUGAAGAAGAAGGCUCAGUAUGAGGCCAACAAGGUCAAGCUGUGGGGCCUGAACACAGAAUAUGACCGGCUCCUGUUUGUAAUUACUGCCAUUAAGGAUGACAUCGUGAACAGAGUACAGAACCUCUUCGAGGACAGGGCAACAAGUAUGGUCGAUAAACUGGAUCGACUCAUCAAGGAAACACUCGUGAGCUCACCAGUCGCUGGACAGACGUCAGACUUUGUGAACCAGAUCCUAGAGAACACCAGCGGGGGGGAUCCCACCGGGGGUCUUGUUGGGCUCCGCGUCCCGACAUCAAAAGUGUAGGGUGGGCCACGCGGAGGAGAUGAACCCGUCCGCAUCAUCUGUGUCCCAUUACGUUCUGCAUGUGCAGGUCAUAUAGAGAAACAUCUACAUGCCUAGUUUGAAUAUAUAUACCUAAUCUUGUGUAUGUAUAUUUAUAUUAUGCACUUGCAUUUAUACAGAAAUUGUACUUAUUUCUUUAUCCACUUGUGUGGAAACUUGCCAUUUGUUUGUUACGAGUAAUCUGUCCAGCUACCGGUUUCAAACUCCAAGCCAAUGUGUGAGAACUCUUCUCUCGUGGUAUUUUCUUUAACGGGAAAAAAACAACAACAAACAUAACAGUCAAACAAAAUAAUAUCGGUAUUUGUCGUAGCCUGAAUACAGCAUGUUUAUCGUGGGAAUCGGACAGUAGUAACUAGAAAAUAAAAAAUCACGUUGUAACAAUGUCGGUUGUUUCUGUGCUCUGAAGAGAGGACGUAGCUAAAUCGAAAUAGCGCGGUAUUCUCUCUGCACUAAGUGAAAGCGAUGUGAUUCGGGCCAUCUGCUUACUACUGGAAAUAAGUACCAUUUAAGGUUGCCAGAGAAUUAAAAUCCCAACAGGCAAAUGACCACAACAACAACAAAAAACUGGCAUAUUGCUUUGAUCAGCAGGAUGCGUCCGUGGAACGUUAACCGCUCGGGAAAAAUGGCAGGCGGUCACACGUAUGUUGAGACGUAACGGUUGACACAACGGGCAAAUGAGGCUGCCGCGGCUUCCGUUGAUCUUUUGCUGCCCUGCUGAUAGAUAGUGAGGAUUUAUAUAGCUGUUAAAAGUAGCCCUGAUGGAUAAUAGCUGUUCUGAUGAAAAUGAGGCUUCAACAGAUAAACCACAUACUAUAUUCCUCUGUGUACUUUGGUUCAGAUCACUUUAACAUUUAAAACACAAUGGAUUUUGUAAGUGGGCAUGGGACAGGAAAGGUGUAAUUCCUAAGUUUAAUUUGUUAAUAUUUGUAUGUACCAAUCAAUAUUCAUUGUGCCUUGUACUUCAGAGGAAAGGAUGACAAGACUCUCCCAGAGGUUUAAAGGAAAUAUACUUUUUCACAGAAGAGAAUGACAUUGGGAGGGUGGAGUUUUUGGUUUUCUAAUAUAUUUUAGGUCUUUAUGAUAAUAUGAAUAUACAUUGGAAUGUUGAAAAUGUAGAUAUUUGCCACAGAGUCUGUGCAUUGUAUCAUAAGAUGGCUCUAAGGGAAACGCUUUCAGUUUUUGGUACUUGACUGGGCAAGGGGGGUUACUAAGAAAAAAAGAAGAAAAAAAGAAAAAAAAAAAAGACAAAACAUUUGCACAUUAUACGUAGAUUGUUUUUGUACCAAAGAUGAAUGCAACAAAAAUGGCAAGUGGCCUGUGUAAGUAAGGCUUUGCACAGCUUACCUAACACCGUAUUGAAUGUAGAAAAAGUGGUUAGGGUCAGGGAUACUCAUUGAACUGUGAAUUUCGUUUGGGUCCAAUUAUCAACGACAGGAGGUGUUCGUUUGCACCUGACGUAGGCCGGUGGUUUUGUUGGCUUCUUACGGAGAUGUGCUGCUUUGAAAAGGGUAGUUGUGCUUUUUCUCACCCCAUGUAGACUCUUGAUGUUCUGUUAUUAUUUUUUUUUAAAGAACGUAGUGGUAAGAGAAGAAUGUAAAAGCAUCGGUAUAUAGUUUUUUUUUUAAGCAUGUUUGUUAAGCAUUACCACAAAUUACCAAAUGGUUUAGUAAUUGUAUAGUUUACAUAUACAAAUGAAAACUAUAUAAUUUAAGUACUGUAUGUGUUCUAUAUAGAUAUACAUUCUUUAUAUAUAUAUGUGUAUGUGUGUAUAUAUACAUACACACACACAUGCAUGUGUACGUACAUACACACAUUGCUAUAUGUUUGAUUUAUUUUUUUAGCUAUUGGGUUGUUAAGCUUGAUGCUCUCUAAAAAUCUGUGUUCACAUUCAAAAGGAAAAUAUUUCUUUUUUGUACAUAAGUACGUUUCUUGUUUAGUAAAAUUAAUCCAUUUACAUGUAUAUAAAUUUAAAGACUUUUGACAGAAUGCUUGCACUGUAUAAGAAGUUGAGAUGGUCUGUUUCGUAGUAUUCAUUCAUUUUUUUUUUGGAAUAUUCCAUCUGAGAGGAAGGGGAUAGACAAUGUUUUGGCCUUCUAAAUACAGACUGAAUUGGAGGAUUACAGAAAGCACUUUCCGAUGCACACUUUCAGAAAAUAAGAAAAAUGUAGGAGAAAAGUUUUUUAAUGGUAAAUGAUUGUCUGAUUGUUUGUUAGUUUGGGGUAACGUGUGUACACAUGCUCAGUGUUUGGAAAUUAUGGUGGCUUCCUUCAGACAGAUAAUUUACCAAGGAGAACAGCUUUAAGAGUUUGGAACAAAUCAAUUGACUCCCUUGUCAUUUGUGUGGCUAAUACAAUCAAAACUGUGUGCUGAGAAUUGAAAUGUGAUACUAAUGGGAUUUAAUGUUUAUAGCUGUGUGUCAAUAACUGUACAAAACUAAAUUUCGGUAGUGUGAUUUUUAAUUAUUUUUUUUUUUUGCAUACAUCCUUUGUAUAAUGUCACGAAGGUGAUCAUUUACCAAAUACAAACAAAAAAAACCUGGAUCACACCUUUUUAGAUUCCAGGCAGAGAACCCAAAAAUGGAGCAAAAAAUAAAUAGACGCUCCCCAGGUUACGAUGCGGUUAUGUUCCGACAAAAAUAUCGUGAGGCAGAAAUAUCGUAUGGCAAAAAUGCAUGUUAAUACAGUACAUCUAACCUAUCAAACAUCAUAGACUAGACUAGCCUACCUUACAGAUGCCUAAAACACUGACAUUAGCCUACAGUUGGGCAAAAUCAUUAAGACAAAGCCUGUUUUAUUGAAGUGUUGAAUAUCUCAUGAAAUUUAUUGAAUAAUGUAAGUGAAAAACAUUUACCCAUCGUAAAGUCGAAAUGUCGUAACAUGGACCAUCGUAACCCAGGGAGCGUCUAUGUAAAUUAAAAGAAAAAAAAUGUAUCAGAAAAACAAAUGGACGUCCACACCUCCCCCAAUAAGCUAACUGCAAGAACGACAUGCAUGACAUGUGAAGCCUGAUCCGAGUGCCUAUACCGUUAGAUCCGCAGAUGGUCUAGAACGGUUUAAUCUCAGUAGAAGCCUAGCUGAACUGAACUUCUUUCAGCACAUUUCCUUGCUGCUGCAUUUUUUUUCCCCUUUAUGUCUAAAGAGUAACUUAUCACCAGAAACAUCAAUAUGUUACGAUUUAAUAUUUCCACGGGCCUUUUACUUUGAGCAAACAAAAUGCCAACUUUUUUUUCAUGAUUUCUCCAAAUAAUGAAAUAUUCUAAAAGAGAGACCGCGUGCUCUCUCGGAAACGAGAAUGCUGUUUAAGCAUUACGAAUAUUUUGUUUUCCUAGCUUGUUAUUGUUACACUAGCAGUGUAGGCUAGUUUGUCUGUACCAUCCAUUCUCAUGAGAUGUUCAUUUUGUAAAUAAGCUAUUGUUAAGCUAAGAAAAUUCCCUUUAAAUGCUGUGUAGAAGUGUAUAUAGUAUGUUCAGUAAUAUAUGAAAUAAUAUAUAAACAGAAAGCACUUUGUUUAAAAACAAAAACACAAAAACAAGAGCAUUUUGUAUAAUUCUUCCAUUUGCUGCUAAACUAAGCUAGUCAGAGCGCUGCAGUGACAGUUUGACUUCAAUGGGUGGACAUGGAUCAUAAGAAAAUGAAGUCGAAAGGAAGGCAGCCAACCUUAGAUAAGAAGGUUGUCAUGUUCUGGUGACUUUGUCAUGAAUCUUCUGCCUUCAGUAGAGAUUUCCUAUGGAAACUGGAUUCUGCUUUGAGAUUUUUUUUCAGGUUGAUGUACAGUGUGGACACGUCUCUUCUGGACGUUUCCAGAUAAUUAUCUAUUUUCGUUUUUGUUUGUUUUACCUUCUGUUCUUUUCGGCUCCCCAUUUCUACUUUUACAUAGUUGGGACCAAUAGGUGUCCAGAGGUAUUUGCCGAAGCUCUCGUUUUGUGAAAGGUUCAGUUUAAACAAUGAUAAAAAAAAAAAGUAUCUCUGUACUGUACUGUACAUUUGUUGUUGCCAGUGAGAUAAUACAGAGGACCUUUGCCUUGGUAACUCCAUCCAGCCGCAAAAGUGUUGCCAUGGCAACAUUUCCUGGCUUUCAUAGUACUGUCUAAAGCUAAAGCACUCCAGCUUGGUAAUAGGCGCAAAAGGACAAUAUUAGUCAUGUUGAAAAUAUCUAUGAUGAAUGGUAGUAUGGUUUAAAAAAAUAUAUAAAAAAUCCUAAAAGAAGUGUAAUUGAAUUAGAUGUUUUAUUGGCUGUUCACCAGAGCUGAAACUGCAGAAGUUACGGCAGGUUUUCACGUGUAACAUGACGUACGCAAGCUGUGCAGCUUUACAUCAUAUCCAGGGGACUCUGUGGCAUUUUUAAAACAGAAACGGUUGCAGUUUAAUGCCAGUAAUUGUUCUUUCUGCUUACUUUAUUACCUUAAGAGAAGAAAUGGAUAUUAGUAAAUGCAUAGUUUAAGUGCAUAUUUAGUUUGAUUCAAGAUUUUCAAAAGUAUUUUAACUGAUAAAAUGGGAGAGUAUAGGUCCUUGAUUUCUUUUAUGUAUUUUUUUUUUAGCAUGCCGAGAGUAUGUAGUUCAGUUUGUAGUGUAUACAAUAAUAAUGCUGUUGACUGUGCACUAUGCAGAUUUUACUCUCAUGAGUAACACAGUAUGUCGCUUCUUUCACAGCUUUCCAAGGAUAAGGGAAGGGGCUUUUACCUGGAUAUAUUAUGGGGUGUACUUAUAGUCCUAUGGAUAUUAUUGUGGUUCUAAACUACUGACCAAUAAGGUUUGACUGUGUCUCCUUCCUUAUAAUGAUACGGGGUCGUCCAAAGUAAUUUGAUAAGUAUUUCUCUGAGGAAAGCUGGUCUUAAUGUUGUCGACUUGAAAAUGUUCUUUUACGCAUUUUGUAAACAGUAGAAUGCUCUAUUUUGGACAUCGGUUUAUGGACGUCAGCCAUGGAUUCCGUCAUUUUAUUUCUUCCUCUUAAACUUUGUAAUGUCUCUCGACAGAUCCAGCUGAGAUGUUUUGGCGUGUGCACAAGCAGGCGGGGGUUCGCUUUUGCAAGCCGCGUGAGACAUAAACACCAUUGUUGGUACAUCUUUAACAUCUAUCAUUAUGGCACUAGGUUUAUCAUACAUACGUAGUAUAACUUGCAGAAUCCCCUCCGAUCUUUCGCCUGCAGAGAUCUGUUAUCCAUCAAUUGUACAGUAUACUCAGCUGUUCUUUUCAUAGAAUUGAAUAGAGUAGUUUAUAUUUUGCUAGAGAAACUGUGGAAUUCUGGGAAUGCAUUUGGCAUGGCCCUUUCUGCAUGCAGAUCAACUUUAUAUAUGUGAUAUGGUUUCAUUAUUGGAGUUAAUUGCACCCUGUGUGGUGCACACAAUAGUAAUAUUAAAAACGAUCAGUCUCAGUUAUGACAUAGUUCAUGCUAUUUCAUAUUUAAAUUCAGAUGUAGACUUCAUGUGAGUUACAUUUCUAUUGGCCAGACUAUUUGAGUAAAACAUGCCAACAAGUUUCUUGCAUUAUAGGAAAAGCCCACAUUGUAUUUUAUUUCCCAGUAGAUUUAAUCUAUUUUUAAUACAAUGGUAUUCUGGUGAUUCAGGUGCCUUAAAAUGAGAAUUUCAGCUUGAUCUCCUCAUUCUUCUAACGUCACUUUUGUCACUAUCAAGUUGAAGCUAAUUUUAGCGCUUGAGUUUUUUUUUUGUUUUUUUGUUUUUAAAUGAUCUGUUUCACUAAUGUGGUUAUGUUUUUAUUUUUUAAUUUUUAAAAAAAAAACUGAGUCAUGUUUUGUCUAAAGCUGCUCCAUGAUUUUUCGAGUCUAAAGAUGAAUGUAGUCUUCCUUCAAAAGAUUUUUUAAAAUGUUGAAAUACAGAUAUGUCCAGUCUAGCAGUGGAAAGGCCUACCCAAAGAAUGCUAAAGUUCAAGACUCAAAUUAUCUGUCUGUAUAUCCCUGUAUGGUUUCCUAUUAACUUAUUUUUUCCCCCAAAUUACUGUGUUUUUGUAUUUAACAGUCUAAAUGUUCAGAUGUUUGCCUUUGAAGUCUCUACUCCUGUCUUUUCAUAGCUUCACAUCUAUGCUGGUCAUUUUAAAUGUUUUUAUUUUCCUGUUUUUUUUUUUUCUUUUUCCAAAUGAGAAACUAGAAAAAUGCUCUUCCACGCCACAAUAAAUAAAUACUCAUGUUUAAUACAGUAAGCAGUAAGAAAUUGGGCUAUUUUGUGAUUAUCGUGGGGGGAGGGGGGGGGGGAAAGCUGAACUUGUAAAGCAGGGAUGAUGUCACAGCUGAAAUGCUUGCUCCCCUGGUGGAACCUGAAACAAUGUGCCUCUUAAUGCCACGCUUCUGCCAUUACUGUCCCGGUUUAGUUGCAGGAGGAGUGUCAUACACAAAAAGCAAACGUUUGUCAGUGGGGGAAGACAGACAAACAUCUGUAAACGAAACAUGACACUGCAAAGCGUUUGCAUUGUCAAACUGUCAAUGUGAACACUUUGUAACUCAGACAAAUAAUAAUGAUAAUAAUAAUAAUAAUAAUAAAUCUGAGGCCUCCCUAUGCUUCCAUACCUGAGUGAUGGUGAACUGCACCUGAAGGUCACAGGUUCGCAAGACAAAUGUUAUUCUGCACAUACUGGGAGACAAACGGAGUUCAAUGCCCUGAAUCACCUGCCAGGCAUGUACUGAAAGUGCUGUGACCUUGCACAGCAUUAACAGAAAUCGCAUGCUUUAGAAUCUGCUGAAGACGGCAGCCAUGUUGGUGCCAAACUCUAUUCUUGAGUCAAGGCCAAAGCGUUUGAUUGAUUUUUGAGCCUAAAAAUAACUAUUUCCGAAACCGAGGAGGUCAGUUGGGGGUCCCCGUACCAGUUAGGUAUGGGCCCCUUUAUCCUACACUGUAGUGUAGACCUAUCUACUCUUGCGCCUGGACACAUGCAGACCAUACAAAGACUACCAGUAACAGAACUCUGUCAGAAGUACCACAAUCUCAUCCACACGUUGCAAUGAACUACAUUUCCUUCCAAAGUUAAAAUAGUCUAAGUGUCGGAAGUGAUACGAAACUUUUUGUUGUUCUUAACGAUGCGAUAUGAGGUAGUUUUGUGGUUUUCAAAUACUGCUUAAAAAGCACAAAACUUUCAAAUCCAUGCUAAACUCGAUAUGUGAAGUCUCACCUUUUCUAGGAAGCAAAAAAAAAUACAACACACUUCAUGCACUUGUCGUGAUGCUUAUUAUGUUGUAUGGUAUACUACUGGAGAACUAGCAUGGGAUAUUUAGAUAGCUACUGCUGUGUACGUUCUCCCAAAAUGUAAUGUUGUGUCACAGUAGGAAGGCUGUAUUUCAUUGCUAAGUGCUAUAAUAAAUAUUUUUGGUGACAUAUUUAAGCUAAUCUGCAGAAGUGUAUCCUGCUGAGACUAACCCUAACUCCAUCCUAAUAGUCAUGUUAGUAACUGUAGUUAACAUAUAUGCCUGUUCAAGACAAUAUCUAAACAGUUGUAAUAUUUAUGUUGUUUAAUUGUUGUGCUGGGAUUAUACUUUUGAUGUUACAUUUUGUUUUAUUUUGAGGCACGACUGUUGGAGAUAGUGAAUUACAAGAGUUGUAUGUGUACUAAUGAGAAAUAGACUUAGUUCCAGUCUGCUCGUGAUACUGUGCCUCUUUUUUUAUUAUUUUAAUUAUUAUUAUCAUUAUAUUUCACGGCGUUGUAUCAGCCAGGAGUUGAUACUACAAUUGCUUGUAACUAUUAUAGUCUAGUUCUGUUAUUGAUUUUAAUAUUCAGAAAUAAACCUUAGAAAAUCA